GCCUCGGCCGCCUUUGGUCGAUGAAGAAUAUUUGAUGCACCCCAGAAAUCACAACUGAAUGCCCGUGCGUCCUUUCAUCUCCAGACCCUCCUCCAUGCGGUAAUAUCCCUCCUUGACAGGCGGCCAAGCUGUCAGCUCGCAAACAGUUGACGUGCAAAAAGACUGCCAGUCGUCAUUGAUUCGACAAACCUCUCGACCCUCCAUCCUCCAUCCUCAGUCGCACCCUCAGUCGCACCCUCAGUCAUGCGGCUUCAACUCCAAGUCCACCGUCACUCUUUCCCUCCUGUUCAUAUCAUCCAUUCCACUGGCACUGGGCCUGCCUCCCGCACGGCAGCCCGCAACAGCACCAUCGCCGAUCUCCUUCUAGACAUCAACGAUAUCGUCCCUCUCGAAUCCGCCGACGGCGAGUGGGGACUAGAGGAUUAUGUUGUCGAGGUUGCUGCCACCGUCGACCAGGACGCCACCUACGAAUGCCUUCAUUACCAGCCGUGCUCUGCUGUCCUGAGAGACGACGAUGAAGUCAUUAUUCGGCCACUUAGCAACGAAGAUCUUCGCAUUCGCAGGCUCGGCGGAAGACAUCAAAUCACAGCGGAUGGAAGACACUUAAUUGACGGAGUCACUUUUGGCAAGCAAUGGUUGAGGGAAAUCUCCAGACCCGGCAUUGUCAUUCCUCCCAGAAAGAAGAGAAUGCUAGAGAUUGAUCAACCAGGUCUUAAUGAAAGUCCUGAGAUAAGGCGAAUUCUUCCGCUGGAACAACAUGAUUAUUCAACGUCCUUGGUGGUCAUUCCAAGCGACGAUGAUGACGAGAGCGACGAUGAAGAUUUUGUUGACGAAGAUGACAACGACAACGAUCGCCAGGUCGCUUUGAGGGAACACUUCGAUGACGCAGACACACAAUCAGACGAAUCUUUGGAAGAUUCCGCCGCUUUUGGAGAGAGUGUAGACGACAUGUCCAAUGAAGUUCAACUACUCCUCCAGGAUGCAGCAGAGCUUGCAAAUUCUCCCAACUCAAAAACCACAUUUCGCACACUGAGAAAACAGCUCAAGAGAAAACGCGACAUCUCGGAUGAUGGUGAGGAUGACAUAGAUGAAGUCUUUGAUGGAUUUUCAACGCCUGUCAAAUCCUACAGGAUUGAGUAUUCGCCUGUGGUUGAACCUGAGGACGAUACCUCUUCGGAUGAAGAUGAUGAAUCAGAAUCUGACUCGGCUUCAUCAUCCGGUGGAGAGUCUGACUCGUCAGGCUCAUCCUCAGCCUCCACUGGCAGCCAGUCUGAUUCUGAUUCUGAUUCUGAUUCUGGCUCCGAUUCCGGCUCCGAUUCCGAUUCCGAGCCUGAGACAGACAGCGAUAGUCAAACUGAUGCUCUGCACCAAGCCAAGCAACGUGCUCUGAACCACAUCACAUUGUCGCGAGCAGACCAGAUGUCUGAGUCAGACUCCAGUGAGACAUCAGACGAGGCAGCGUCAAGAUCAGAUGGUCGGCGAUCUCCUGCAAACGAGGAUCAAGAUUCAACCUCGGAAUCUGAGUCAACGUCUGACUCGGAUGAGACGUCCUCCUCAGAGGAAACUUCCGCCUCAGAGUCUGAGAGCGAAACGGAACCUUCGGGGAAAAAACAAGCUCCAGCGGCUCCUUCUAAGACUGCUUUGGAAGCCUCUGAAGAGUCUCCAAAAACUGAUAAACUCACUGUGGCACCAGUCUCCGCUCCCGGUGAAGGAUCUUCUAGAACACAUCAGAACAACGCCAGAGUGAAAAAGAGAAAAAGACUGGCCCUCCUCAAAAGCCAAGGGAUUCUGCCCGAAAACGCUGAUUUUCAGACAUUGCACGAGUAUGAGCAACAACUCCAAGCGAACUCUACAGGGACUGAUGAAGCUGUCGCACGGCAACAGGAAACCGCAAAUAGCAAAGAAGGACUUGCCGAUUUAGGCGAGGAACCUGAAGCCCCAGUCGCCCCAAGUCAAGAGCCUCUAUCAGAAGGUGUUGCCCAACCUGUUGAGCUAUCCGACUCACAAGUUUCCGGGGGAGUUCCUGUGGCUGCACCCGAGUCAGAAACGCCUGCUCCAAGACGCGCACGACUUGAUCUAGCUAGCUCUCGACGGAUGCUCUUCUCCUCACUAGGCCUGAGAACUCCAAAAGACAAAGCAGCCGAACAAGCAUUGAGAGAAAAGCUGUCUGCCCUGAGUCAGCCUAGGAAGGCAGUGGAUGCUCCUCCAAACCCAACAAGAUCGUUUCAGGCUGCGGCAUCUGAAGAAUAUGAUGAUUCUUGGAAGAACAGUUUAUCGCUCUCAGCAGUUGAGUGUGAGCGUGAGGGAAUGACGUUGAGCACGCCCCCUUUUCCUUUUCAGCAAGGGUGGUGGAAAGGAAAAAAGCCCGAUGCUACCAAUAGCAAAUCACGCGGCCGCGAUGAGAGUCGGAUGAACCAUGAUGAUGAUCAUAACCAAAGCUUUGCUCCGGAUGUUUCAACAUUAGGCUACGCCAAUGACGAAGGACUGACCUCUUCCAUGGCCAAUCCCAGCCAAUCACACUCCGACGCUGUUGACAACAUUCAGGUUCCAGUAACAUUUAACAAUCUUCCAGAUCUUCUACCAAGUCAGCUUCGGCCAGGUGCGGUCGUUGCUUACAAACAACUCCAGCUGGACGAGUCUACAAACUACCAACCAGAAGUAUCUGCCUACGUAGUUGGAAGGAUCACAGCAGUUGACGCAGACGAACUGGAAAUCUGCCUUGCCAAACAAUUCUGGAAAGAUGCUUCGAGUAUCAAGUUUGACCCGGAGACGGGGAAGAGAGUCCUGGGCAAAUUCGAAAUGGAACUCGACGAUGGCAAGGACGAGUCAGACGACGGGCUGCGCAGAGUUGACUUCUCUGCAAUGAUCACACCAAAACUGAUUGAGAGUUCACCCAUCGAAGUUCCCGAUAGCGGACACAACCAGCAAAUCCUCAAUGAACAAGAUCACAGUCGGCCAACGGAAAGCGAAUUCAUUUGCGUCCCAGAAAGUGAAGGGCAUGAGGAUCGCGACUCAAUCGCUGUCAAUCCGACGGCUGGUGAAGGAGACUUGGUUGUCAACACACCUCGCCGGACCGAGAUUACUGCGAUAAUCAAAGAAGCAGGGUUUGAUUCUGCAUUGGAUGAUGACCUGUUAGAGCCGAUUGUCGACCCGUCCGCUGAACGCAAAGGAUCCCACAGCUCUGUCGACGCUCCUCCAAGUAAGCAAGGCAAUGCUGCCCCAAACCUUGGAUCCGCCUCUUCCCCAGCUCACACCACGAAUGACCCGUCGUCCCCACCGGAAAAUGACGGUAAAGGAUCGCUCAAUCUACAUCACCGCGAUGAUCAACCGCUACUAGCAUCAGAUGACGUGUCCUCGCCAUAUGUACAUACACAAGAAACUGUCGAUUAUCCCCACAUCUCACAGAUUGAGCUGGACUCUUUUGAAGCCACUAAGAACAACAGUAGUUCUCAUCAAGAUGCGCAAAGAACCUCUGCUGAGCCUCCUGUCGAUUUGUCCUUCUCCUCGGAGUACGGCUCACGUGGAAGUAGACCAGUCGCUAUUGAAGCGUCAGAACCGAGUCAGGAGUAUCAAGGGCUAUAUUCCCUUCGUUCGGACUUGCCGCAGUCAUCCUCACCGAGUCAUGGCCAUCUCAAUGGUGAUAAUGAAGCCGCAUCACGCAACAGGUCUUUUUUAGGGGGGCGUGGGUACGAUGGUCAAGAUUCCUCGUACCUUGAUGAUGACGAUGAUAGGAGCAGUAGUGAACGAUCACUACCUUCAGUGCGAGCAUUAACCUCCAGCCAAUUGAAUGGCAGGCCAACCAGGCUAUCGAUCAAAGGCGAACACAAACAGCCAGUUUCACCACCUCCUAUUAGGAAAAGCCUGCGAAGUUCUCAAGCAAAACUUAAACAGGCGUCUCAAAGCAGUCCCGAACUACCAGAUGCACCCUCUAGUCAACCAGAUCUAAAGUUGUCUCAGAGCCAGCAACAGCCAGGGCUAUCUCAGAUCCCUGCUGGGUCUCAGAUGAUUGAUCUGACUCUCUCAAGUGACGCUUCGAGCCCAGUCAAACGUAGCACAAAGAAGGGAGCAGCAAAAUCGAAUAAAGAUGCGCAAGCUAACGGCAAUCGUGCAUCGAUUUCAAGCCUUCCUAAUCCAGGCGCCGGGAUCGGAACGAGGAGAUUGCUCACAAAGAAGAGGAGCUAUGUGUGAAGAACGGAAGACUAAGCCAGGCAAUGAUGGAUGGCGAUCUGAGUCAACGUAGCAACGAUGAGGCGUCAUUUUGAUGCAGAUAGAUGGGAUGGAUGGCAGGACUCGUGUAUUAAUAGGGCUUAACGACGUUCAUAUGUAGAUAAAUGGAGAU